AGUCAGUCCGUCACUUUAACACAUGGCAGUAUGGAUCCAGACUCAUUUACUUCAAUGACACGAGCAGGAGAGCGACAUAAGUGCUUCAUUACUAUAAUAAGAAAUUAUAUUAUGACAGCAGAGUAACUCAACGGACAGCAGAAGAGCAUACUCAAGUAGGAGAAUAACCACAGAUCAUAGACCUUUAUGAGACAUAAGAAUGUUCGUCUUUACACUCUACCUGCUCCUCUGGUCCUGGCUGUCAUCCACUCACAGUCUGGAAUUUCGCUAUCAUAACACUGUAGAAAUAGAGCAGUACCUGAAAGACAUCAACAGGACGUAUCCAAACAUUACAUAUCUACACAGUAUCGGCCAGUCUGUUGAAGGAAGAGAACUCUGGGUCUUGAUACUGGGUCAACAUCCCAGAGAACACAGAACGGGCAUCCCGGAAUUUAAAUAUGUGGGCAACAUGCACGGUAAUGAGGUUGUGGGACGUGUGUUACUGCUGCAGUUGAUUGAUUACCUGACCAGCCAUUACCUGAGCGACCCUCUGGUGACCCGUAUGUUGAACAGCAGCCGUGUACACAUCCUGCCAUCCAUGAACCCAGACGGCUUUGAGUACUCUGCACGUGACUGCAUGUAUACAAUAGGCCGGUAUAAUAAGAAUGGAGUGGACCUGAACCGAAAUUUUCCAGAUGUGUUUGAGGCGAAUUCAGGCCAAACAGAGAAGGAGGUGAGGGCUGUGAUGGGCUGGCUCAAUACGGAGACCUUCGUCCUCUCGGCCAAUCUGCACGGAGGAGCGGUGGUCGCCAGCUAUCCCUAUGACAAUGGGGAUUUACAGGGAGCGUUGAGCAUUGCCCCCGACAACGACGUGUUUGUCCACCUGGCAAAGACCUACUCCUUCAAUCACUCAGAAAUGCAUAAAGGAGACAGCUGUAAUGAUUUCAAUGGCUUCAUCGAUGGCAUCACUAAUGGAAACUACUGGUAUCCUUUAAAAGGGGGAAUGCAGGACUAUAACUAUGUGUGGGCACAGUGUUUAGAACUGACACUGGAAAUCUCUUGCUGUAAGUUUCCUCCAGAGACAGACCUUCCUGGUCUAUGGCAAGCCAACAAACCUGCACUACUGGCGUACAUGCAGCAAGUUCACCUAGGUGUAAAAGGUGUAGUGAUGGACUCUAAUGGAAACCCUGUCCAAAAUGCCGUAGUCGAGGUGUAUGGGAGGAGAAAUCUUUGUCCAUUCAGGACAGAUCGUAAUGGGGAAUACUACAGGUUACUGUUACCGGGCAACUAUACUAUCACGGUGACAUACACAGGACACAAGACCGUCACACAAAACAUUUCUUUGCCGUAUGGUCCCGACACAUUCUCUGCCCUCACCAAAAACUUCCUACUUCAAAAGAGUGACAACAGCGCAACAGUAACACAACUGCCCGAGUUCUGCAAGACCACAAAUUUGAUAAUCACAGAGAACAACAGCGCCGCCCUGCUGCCCAGCACCCUCAUUGCACUCUCUGCAUUCACUCUCCAAAGACUGCUGCUGUAAAAGAGUAAAAUCUAAAUUAAGUUUGCUUACCUUGCACAAUCAACCUUUUAAUUUUUUUAUUUUAUACAAUAUACUAAGGCCAUAUCUACCAGUGUCAAAUAUUUUUACUUGAUUUUAAUAAACUAUCGCUCAGUGUAACUAUUAUAUGGUGGUUAGAAAGUCCAGUUUUCCAAUGUUGUUGGAAGUUAAUGCUGUAAAGUGAGAAAUUAUUAAAAGUACCUGUAUAUUUGUUUUGAGAAGUGGAGGGCUGGUUGUUAAAAACAAAAUAUGCUACAAUAGUGACAAAUGACAAUGAUAUAUGUAGAAGGCCAUAUAUGUUAUAUAUAUAUAUAUAUAUAUAUAUAUAUAUAUAUAUAUAUAUAUAUAUCUAUAUAUAUAUUUGUACACAAAUAU